GAUUAUCAACUUGUAACUCCCUUCAUAAUCCGCUCCAGCUUCGUUUACUUCUUGUCUUCCAGUCCUGCCUGAGCAUUCCCUCUUGAUCGUUUUGUGUACUUACUGCGAGUUUCCAUGUUCUUUGUCGAUUUCGCCCCUACCACCGCAGCUCCCCCAGUCACCCGUUUGCCCAGAGAGCCCCCAACGCGCUGGCUCGCGAUCAUGGGCAUCCCUCGCCUCGCCGCCGUGAGCAUCGCCGCGGCAUCCUCUCUUUUUACAACGCCCGUUUCGGCCGACAAACCGUACCAUACCGACCACGGGUCCUACCAGAAUGGGGCUCUUGGUGACAUACCCACGCAAUCCUUCCACUCAUCCAAGGUCAAGGCGCCUGUAUAUCAGGUCAACUACUGGGACCCGGACAAAAUUGACACGGAUAGCCCGUAUAUGUUCAUGGCCGGCAAGUACGGUAAAUGGGGCCCGAGUAUUGUGUCAUCCAAGGAUCUCAGUCUAGUCUGGGCAGACCAGUCCUAUAAUGGUCUGGCGCAGGUUGCGAGGACGUGGGAGGACUGGAACGGCCAUGGGAGAGUCAUGUCGUCGUACUCGGAUGGCCGAGUCCGCGUGUACGACCAAAAUUACAAGCAGCUCCACGUGUACGAUGGACGGGGCGACCUGAACGGCGUGGUCCCCGACUCGCACGAGGCUGCCCUCACCAACGACGGGCAUAUCCUCAUGUUUCUCUGCCCGGCUCGGGACGCGGAUCUGUCCAAGGUAGGCGGCCCCGCGGAAGGCAAGAGGAUUGGAGACUGCACCAUCCAGGAGAUCGUGCCGGACACGGCGGAAGUCGUCUUCGAAUGGGCGACCUCGGACUUCUUCCGACCCGAGGACAGCGUGUGGAAGUACAACAACGAAGAUGUCUGGGACUACUGCCACAUGAACGCGGUCGAGAAGACGGAGGAGGGCAACUAUCUCAUCAGCUAUCGCCAGCUCAGCUGUGUGGUCCUGGUCAACGGCCAGACAAAGGAGGUGAUGUGGGUCAUGGGCGGCAAGAGGAAUACCUUCAAGGACAUCACCCAGAACGGCACGGGCGAGUUCGGGUACCAGCACGAAGCACGCAUGACGGGGAAGAACCGUUUCACGCUGUUUGACAACCAUAAGUCCGACGCAAACGGGUGGUGCACCGAAGGGCAGUGCUCCCGUGGGCUCGAGAUUGAGUACAACCCGGAAACCAUGGAGUAUUGGAAGGUCAACGAGUGGUACCAUCCCCAAAACCUCAUCUCUGCGUCGCGUGGCGGAGUGCAAAGGACGCCCAGUGGCAAUGUCAUUGUCGCUUGGGGCCAGAACCCCAUGUACACCGAGUACACGGCCGACGGCGAGCUCAUCAUGGAUAUCCAGCGCGCCGACGUCAAGUCGAUGGAGCACGGCGUCUUUGAUGUCAUCACCUACCGCAUCUGGAAGGGCCAGUGGGAGGGCAAUCCGUCCUGGGGCCCCAGCAUCGCCUGCGCCCCCGAUGACACCGGUAGAAGCGUGUACGUCUCGUGGAACGGCGCCACCAAGGUCGACCAUUGGGUGCUGCUCAUGUCGGACGACAAAAAGGACCUGAACGGCGCUAGCAAGGUGGCUGCGCAAUCGCCCCGGAAUGGGUUUGAGACGCAGUUCCAACUGGACGGCAUUGCCAUUGCGGACUAUGCACGUGUCGCCGCGCUGGACAAGGACGGCAACAUCAUCGGCUCGACGCCAGCCGUCGACACAAAGACCUUUGAGGUCGUCGAGCUCGACUAUGACAUUGACGAGGUGAAGAGCGUCGGGUCAAAGACAAUCGACUUAGCCAUUCCUUCGUCCGCCAAGGUGACGGUGCCCGCCAACACCAAGUCGAGUGACGAUAAGGACGAUGACAAGGAUGAUGACAAGAACACGGAGAGCGAGGCGUAUUCUUCCAACGGCCCUUCCCCCUGGUUUGAUUUGCUUGUCGGCGGAGUCGGUUUCUUCGUCGUUGGUCCGGCCGCCUUCUUGUAAGCAAGCCAUUUCUUUUUUGUUCGAGUCUGUCAACCGUGCUGGAUACAUGCUAACAUGACUUUUCUUAGUGGUGUGAUCACCAUCUUGCAUCGCAGACGCUCCAGACUUCUCUCGAGACUGUUCCGGCGCAAGGACGAAGCUGAAUAUGGGCUGCUCCCAGCUGGUGAAGAUGAAGAGCGCCGCCACCGCGGGUCCAAUGAACUGGGUAAGGGGCCAGCAUAUAACCUCGAACGUGUAGGGGGGAACUCCUCUAGAUGAUGAAUGGAUCUUGGAGAUGUGUAAUAAAUUGAGUUUGCUGUUCUGUCACUUUCCAGAGUGAGGAGGAAGGCACCAUCGUUGUGUGUAUUUGUGAGAAGGAGCCCUGCAAGCACCUGCUGUGACGUCGCAGUCUCGUCCAACGACGCUAGUCUCUAAACAGCUUAGCUUACAUUAGGUGACUGCCCUUGCAGCUUCUCUCCCGAUGCAG